GGUUCGCGGAGGAAAGAUGGCGACAUAUUUAAAAAGAUCUUCAAAGCUACUUGAGCGACUGGCUGCCGUCAACUCGGGUCGCACAAACAACAGUAACACUAGCAGCACCCGAAACAAUAAUCGUAUAUCCAUAGAACCGUUGCUGCGCGACGUUAUUUGCCCGGUGUGUCGUACGAUUUUACGUGAGCCGGUUACGCUACCUUGUGCUCAUAACCUCUGUCUGCGCUGCCUUCGCGGCACAGUUGAGUAUAAUAGUCUCAGCUGCCCGCUUUGCAGACAGAGGGUUGGUUCUUGGCUACGUAACGCUACUAAAACCGAAAGCCUAGUCAAUAUUGAACUCUGGCAUCUGAUUAGACGAAGAUUUCCUGACGAGCUUGAAUUAGCUGUUGGCGAAAGCAGCGGUGACGGUGCCGUUGGUAUAGACCUCGAUCUUCAUUCUGAAUUUAAUACAAAAAAGAUAAUCAGUGCAGCUGGUGAGAUUAGAAGAGAAUAUGAAGUUCAACUUCAAAUGGCCAAAGAAGAAACAUGGCGACAGCAAGAAAAAGAAAGACUAGCAAGUGAGACUUUUAUACAAAAAAUUCAAGAAGAGGAAGAGCAGCAUAAAUUGAUGCAAUUGGCACAGGAUCAGUUAUUAGCUAAAACAUUAGCAAAACAAGAAGUUCUCAAGAAUUCAAAUACCAAACAUAAUUGUUCUAAUAAGUCUACAAUAUUAAAUUCUUAUAAAUCAAAAUCUGAUGUUAAUCAAUCAAAAUCUAUAGUUAAUCAGAAAAUGUCAGUUAAGACAAAGGAAACUAUUGAUAAAAGAAAACAAAAUUUGAUUCUAAUAUCUAAAAUUAGAUCUGAAAGGUAUGCAUGUAGUGUAAAGUGCAAUUCAACAAAUGCAUAUAAAGAUUCUUCAGAGACAUUCAGUUCUCAUAAACCAGUGCCAAUUUAUAAUGCUGUUACUAGAAUUGUAACUCAUCAAAGUAGAGUUAGUCAAUCUAACAAUUCUACCUGUUCAUAUGUUAUGGGAGAUUUCAUUGGUUCCACUUCUAAAAUAUAUGGAUUACAGAAUAAAGAAGAACUACAUGUACCCAAAGAUAUUCUUAGUAAUAAGAAGAAAAAAUUGGGUGUAGAAAUUUGUAUUGGAACAAUUGAGGGUGAAGAGAGGAUUGGAAGUGCUGAAAGUGCUGGUAGUCAUGAUAGUAUAAAUCAGGAAAUUCAUCACUUUAAACCAAUCAAAGCUUUGCCUCGUACCCCAUUAAGAAUAACAUUGGAUGGAAGACAAAUCGAUCCAAAACUCAUUAGGGUAUUGCCUGUUUUGAAACAAGUAUCUAAUGUUAUACCAAAACCUCCUACACCAACACAUUUAAAAAAAAUAUUUGGAUGUUCUUGGAGUGCUUUUAAAAGAAUAUCAAGGCAACAACAAACGUUAUUGAAAGAUGUAUCUAGUAUCUAUCAACAAGAAACACAAAAGACUGAAAUAAAAUCAGAGCAAUUGCAAAUCAUCAAAUCAAACAAAUCUCUGCAAGAAAUCGAUAUGCAUAACACACCCAUGAAUUUUGAUAAAAAUAAAAAUUAUACUAAAAACGUUACACAAAUAAUAAAUGGUGCUAAGUUUAAUAAAAAACUAAACUUAGAUUGUAAAGAACCAAAUGACAGUAUUUCAGUAAAAAGGAGCAAGGAAGGUAAGCUUAAAAAUGGGUUACUUCGUAAAAAUAAGAAGAGCAUCAAUAAAACUAUUGAGAUCGUAGAAAUUGAAGAUAAUAAGCAGAAUUCGCAACACAUAUACACUUCAGAUCCUUUGAAAAUUAUAUCCAAAUUUAAAACUAAACCAUUGAGUCCAGUGCUAGAAAUAGCUAUGGAAAAUAUUGCUGAGAGAAUUAAAAAAAGAAAGAUUACUAGAACAAGUAAUAAUACUGAAAACGUCCAAAGUCCAUUUAACUUGAUGACAACUGAUGAGCAGUUAAUAAAACUUAAAAGUAAAAAAUCCCAUACAAAAAGUCUUAAGUCAAAAAUAAUGGAAAUGAAUAUGACCAUAAAGAUGAAGCCAAAAACUAAGACGAAAAUGCGGACAGUGACAACAGUAACGAGUCAGAUUAAAAGGUUAACGGCGAAAUCCAUAAAGCGUCGUAAAUACACUGAGGAUUCAGAGGAGGAAGCAAAUGAGGUUGAACGGGAAGAGGAGGAAGAUAAUGAGGUUGAGCGAGAGGAGGAGGAAAAUGAAGAAGAAAAUAUUAUUUUGGAUGGAAUACAGAAACAAAAACAAAUGAAUAUGAAUGAGAAAGUGGAGCUCAACAGAUUCAAUGUAAAUUGUUCAUAUUUGACGUCUUCAAAAAAUUAUUGUAAAAAUAGUAAACAGAAGAAAAUAAAAAAAUCAAUUUCAACUGCAGCAGCUACUACAAUGACUAUAGUUGCUAAAACUUCCCCGAAUUCUAACGAUGACGAAGAAAAGGAGAUCAUUAAGGAACAACAGCGGCUUGAGCAAUUAGCAGUACAGGAGCGUGAAGAUCGCGAACUUGCCUUUAAAUUACAAGCCCGUUUCAAUGCUAUGGAACGAAUUGCUGGAAGGACAAGGCGUGGAGCUGCUCGUAUACCCAAUCCUUUACUAAAUUAGUAGAUCGAGUGUAUUUUAAUCAAUAUUUUUAAGAUACUCAUAAGUAUCAAAAAAGGUUGCAAAUGGCAAUUUUGUUCACUCUUAACUGAUUAAAAGAUAAUUUUUAUUAUUAAGAAAAAUUAUUAAGAAGCAAGUGGUUACAAUAGAUUCCAAUAACAGAUUUA